UAGAAAGAAGAAGAUGGACACCCCGACCGAAGAGCAUCCUACAGGCCAGAACACUAUGUAUCUUAGCAUCGCUGAGAUGUCCCUCUGCCUUGAGAUGAAAGAAAAAGACGGAAUCCUUGACAAGAACAAUGAGCUGAUAGAGAAGGUCCUGAACUAUACCAAGCAGUUUAACAACAGUUAUUCUGAAGAGCACACUCAAGCAAUCAGGACACUUUUGAGUAGAGAAGGCAUCAGAGAGCCUGAAGCCACCCUUUUAUGGAACUUAUCCCCCUCAACUGUAGAGGAAGCGCAGUCCUUGAUCCCAGGACUUAAGGAUUACCAUGACGAGACCAUCAUCAAAGUUCUGAAGGAAAUCAACGGAGUUUCCACUACUUAAUAUCUAAAAAGCAGUGAAUUCUUA